AUGGGCGAGGGGACCUUGAAGGUGCCCAUGGCCAUGCAUGCCCAGCACAGGAAGAAGCUGUGCCAGGCGCUGGCUGGCCGCGUGAGUGACCAGGCAAUCAUUCUGCUGCAGGGCGGAGAAGAGCUGAGCGUUUACGACACGGACACCAACUGGGACUUCAAACAGGAGAGCAACUUCCAGUACUUGUUCGGUGUCAAAGAGCCUGGCUGCUUCGCUGCGUUGCGUGUGCGCGAUGCGCACGCACUGCUGUUCAUCCCUAGGAUGGAGAAAGUCUACGAAGCCUGGUGUGGCCCCGUGAAGCCUCCUGCGUGGUUCCAACGCGCCUACGAGGUCGAGGCAGCCCAUGUGGAUGAGAUGUCAGUGGUUUUGGAGAAGAUGGGUGUCAAGGAGCUGGAGCUGCUGGUGCUGCGUGGGGAGACGAACCGGGACAGUGGCUUGCAGCUGAGCGAGCCCUCCUUCGAGGGCAAGGAGAAGUUCAGCAUCAACAAGGAAGGCAGUCAAAUCCUUUGGGACCAGCUCAACGAAUGUCGCGUGGUCCGGACGCCUGUACCAGACGAAUUGGACCGGCCAGUGACGUGCACGGGCCGCCUGGCCCAGGAACGCGGGUUCUCGGAUGCGGCCGAGCAGCUCGAGCAGGUGCUCCAGUUCUCGAUCCAGGUCGAGAACACGGGAGGAGAAUGCCAACGUCUCACAAAGGAUUUGUCUGCGGCUCACAAGCAGAUUCACAAGCUCAGGAGGCAGUUGGCUCAAAAGCACAUCUUCCACAACAGCGCGUGUUGGCAGUAUUGGGACAACGAACACUGGAAUGAUGUGCCGCGUGAUGGAAGUAUGCAGAUGCAAGAGGCUUACUUGUUUUAUCUUGACAACCCCGAAGCAAAUCGCUGGGCCAGAAUCAAAUCUGUUGGCGUAGAGCGCCUAGUUGACUUCGAAGCCAUGACUCAAGAGCGAUGUGAUACGAAAAGGCGUCGCUCCAUUCGCAUUUUGCCUGAAGUGCCGAAGCAGUGGGAAAGUCCUCCAAGUCGGUUGUGGGUGAAUGACGUGUCCUCGAAGGCGCAUAUUGAAACCAUGCGUCAGAUGCGUGCCAUGCAGCGAGAGCACCUGGCUGAGGCAAGCUUCAAAUACCAGGCUGCGCUGCGGGGUUGCUUCCGUGUGGGCUAUAGCUGCAUUUGUGGAUCUGGCCGCAGAAAUGCCAUUCUCCACUACGGCCACCCCGCCGAGCCCAACAGUGAGCAAGUGGCGCAUGACAGUUUGCGGCUCCUGGACAUGGGCGCUGAGUACCACGGCUACACCUCUGACGUCACGUGCACCUUCCCCGUGUGCGGAGCGCUCGGCCGGUGCUCAGCACUCUCCGCGGAGGCGGUUUGGGAGGCGGUCCUGGCGGUGGAACGGCGCUUGCGGCCCGGGGUCUCCUACAAGGAGAUGCACCGCUUGUCGCAGCGCGUCCUCCUGGAGCGCAUGACCGCCGCGUCGCUCUUCGUUGGCAGUGUGGAUGACAUGAUGGCAGCAGGCUUGAUGUUCCACUUCAUGCCGCACGGCUUGGGUCACCAGCUGGGCCUCGACGCGCACGACGUGGGUGGCUAUGGUCCUGGAGAACGGCGCCAGGAUGAUCCCAGCAUCAAGGAGAAUCUCCGGUGUGGGCGAGUGCUGAAGGAGAACAUGGUCAUCACCGUUGAGCCGGGCUUCUACUUCAUCGACUACCUGAUUGAGGAAGCCUUAGCUGAUGCCAACAAGGCAAAGUUCAUCAACCAGGAUCGGCUCCAUGACUUUUGGUCCUCGGUGGGCGGCGUGCGCAUCGAGGACGACGUGGUGAUCACAAAGGAUGGCUGUCGGGUCUUGACCUGCGUCCCCCGCACCGUGGCGGAGAUCGAAGCCACCAUGGCGGGUGCCGAGUGGCAGGUGAGUUCUUCCUGCUGUCGCAGCUACACUGCCGUGGAGUAG